UAUAACUUGCCAGAUCGCGUGGUUGUGAGUAUCGAGCCGGUAUGCGGUUUGUAGCAUGGAUCUGUUUUAUAAAUUUGUUUUGCAUUUAACUCACUUUUUUGGUGUUGUUUUUAUCAAAAUUGGAAUUAUAUAUUUGAGGUUUAAGAACUUAUUAAAUAGAAAGUUAGGAUUAGGUAAGGUGAAAGCGAAAUACAGUAAAAAGUUUUUGACAAAAUUACCUUCACACAUUGGGGUGGUUGUCACUGAAGAAACUAUUUCUUAUCAUGAUUUAUCAAAAAUUAUUAUUUGGUGUUUGACAUUUGACAUACCUUAUCUUAGUAUAUAUGACCCUGACGGAAAAAUUAAAGAACAAAAAGAAAGACUAUAUAGGCAGACCAUAGAGCUUAAGGAAGAAAUUCUCCAAAAAGAAUCAGUCAAAUAUAAAAUUGUUUUUCAUAACAUAAAGAAAGAAAAUGAAUCAAGAAAAAAUGGCUUCAGUAUGCAUGAUAUCUGCAGGAAGGUAGAAGUCAUUUUGCUAUGCAGAGAAAAUGGUAAAAGUGAUAUUGUAGAUGCAGUGAGAAGAUAUUCGGUAGAAAAAGAAUCAAAGUUAAAAUUUUGUAAUUAUUUGAAAGGAAAUGCAGACUUUCCUGAUCCAGAUUUGAUAUUACAAUAUGGUCCAUGUCGAUCUGUGAUGGGUUAUUUGCCAUGGCAUAUUCGUUUGACAGAAAUGACUUUUUCAAGAACCCAUCAUCAAAUAGAUUUAUCAGACUUUUUUAAUAGUCUGGUUAGGUAUAAUAAAUGUGAACAACGUUUUGGUAAAUAAAAUUUACAAAUCUGUAUUUUUAUGAUUUUGUUCAUAAUUAUCAUAUUUGGAAAUCAUAUCAUAUGUGACUGACAAAAAUGAAAUAUUGAAUUUGUGAAUUGUAUGUUUUCAUAAACACACAAUGCUGUAUUAAAAUAAACAAUGUU